UGUUUUAUUUUUCCUAUGCAGCUUGAUGGGUUUUUAAUCCCUCUGUUACAAGGGAGCUAUCAGACUGGACAACUCAAGCUGAAAAAUUCACCAGCCACAAUUACUUUAAUUUCAAGGAGGUGUACACGGCGCCUAGGGACCCGAAUGUGGAGAAGAGGGGCUAACCUUGAAGGUGAUGUUGCAAAUUUUAUUGAAACCGAGCAGUUAUUGGAGUUUGAAGGUUCUAUGUCUUCAUUUUUACAGAUUCGAGGUUCAAUUCCACUCCUUUGGGAGCAAAUUGUUGAUUUGAGCUAUAAACCACGACUUAAUAUUAUUGAUCAUGAGCAAACAUCAAAGGUUGUGGAGCGCCAUUUUCAUGAUAUUAUAGAAAGAUAUGGAGAGACUGUAGCAGUUGACCUAACCGAUAAGCAUGGCGAUGAGGGUCAAUUGAGUAUGGCAUAUGCUACUGAAAUGGAAAAGCUGCCAAAUGUGAGGUGAUUUUCUUUUCAUGUUC